CACACAAACACACACACAGAGUCGUCUUUUCCUGCAGGUGGUGGUGUAUAGUAGACUCCUGCACGCACGUAGCCUAGCGUACACACUCUUACCUUGUAGGCUGGUGUCUUGCUCUGGCUAUUAUGCAAGGUUAAUGUUGUUUUUUUCCUCCUGUAAAAAGAGAGACGUAGUGCGAGUUUUCCACUGAGAAGGAGACCCCGGACCAUCAAUCCCAAACCAGCCGCUCAACAAUGGCCCCGUCCCUCAUCCGAGCUUGCCGCAGUCUGGCUCUCUCGACGUGGCUGCUGUCGUUUUGUUUUGUGCACUUGCUGUGCCUGGACUUCACGGUCGCAGAGAAAGAGGAAUGGUACACCGCUUUUGUCAACAUCACCUAUCUGGACCCCAUUACUUCGGAGGUCAGGACAGAGAAAACGGAAUGCGGUCGGUAUGGCGAGCAGUCGCCCAAGAAAGAAGCCAGAGGUCUGGUCCUGGUGCCGUCCGUCCUGCAGGACAGACAGGCGUGCGACCCAAAUGUCAGGUUCCCAUCUGUCUCUUACAACACCGCCUGGGUGGCGCUGGUGGCUGCGGGGAACUGUACGUACCGAGAGAAGAUCCGUAACGUUGCAAACUAUAACGCCUCUGCAGUUGUCAUAUACAAUGUGUUCUCCAGCAGUGCCAACGACACCAUAACAAUGCCCCAUCCAGGUACAGGCGAAAUUGUGGCCAUCAUGAUCCCAGAGCCUAAAGGUCGUGAGAUUUUGGCCUUGCUGGAGCAGAACAUCCAGGUCACGUUGUACAUCACCAUAGGAACCCGCAACCUGCAGAAGUACGUGAGCAGAACAUCGGUAGUGUUUGUCUCCAUCUCCUUCAUCGUCCUCAUGAUAAUCUCCCUCGCCUGGCUUGUCUUCUACUACAUCCAGAGGUUCCGUUACGCUAAUGCACGAGACCGCAACCAGAGGCGUUUGGGAGAUGCUGCCAAAAAGGCCAUCAGUAAGCUACAAUUACGCACCAUUAGGAAAGGAGACAAGGAGACCGAGUCAGACUUUGACAACUGUGCAGUUUGCAUUGAAGGUUAUAAGCCUAAUGAUGUUGUGAGGGUACUACCAUGCAGGCAUGUCUUCCAUAAGCACUGUGUAGACCCGUGGUUACAGGACCACCGGACUUGUCCCAUGUGUAAAAUGAACAUCCUUAAAGCCUUGGGAAUCCCACUCAACGCAGACUGUUCAGAUGACGUUCCUCCAGACUAUGAGACAUCUGUCGGGGGUGCACCCACCAACCCCAUCAGUGGAGCGAGUGAAAUCACCUUUAACGAGAGCUCGGUGGUUCUGGAUCCAGCUGGAAGAUCGAUAGACCUACAGCAGCUGCAUCCUGAUGAAGAGCCAGAACUUCAGGCAGGGGAGAGACACAUUAUCGCCAGCAGUGAGCUCCAGCCUCCGCUCAGCAGUGGUUCAGAGACUUCUAUCAUCAUGGGCAUGGAGGUAGGCAUGUCUGAAGUAGACCUGUCCACGGAGCAGGAAUGUAAUUGGGCCAAAUCCUGAGUCAAUCUAAUCUGACAAAAACAUAAUUCACCAAGAAAAAGGAAGACGAAAGCAACCACCCCCCCACCCCCCCCACCCCUUCAGAGAUUCUCCGCGUCUUUGACCCCCUGAUGGAAGUGACUUCUCAGAAGAUGGGAAAAUGGGCAAUACAACAUAGCAGCACAAAAACACACAAUUUUGUCUUUAAUGAGCAAAAAACAGAUUUUUCCCUUUAUCUGUGGAUGUGUUGCUUGCUCGUUUUCUAGCAGUCACACCUUGACUGCCAUGACGAUCCGAAAGCAGCUCAUACAUUGUGGUGACCCAGUUUUUGUCAGACUUAAUCUUUUCACAUCCCCAAACCUAGCUUCUGAAUCACACAUACAAUAACUGCUGAGUUGUCGGAGUUAGUUUCUCCUCACUGGCAACCUUGAGUAAAUGAGCACAGGAGCAACAGAAGCCAGAUUGCUGCUUUAAUUAUUAUUAAAAAUAUGUGCAAAUUGAUUGAUUUCUUGGUAGGAGAUCACUGCCAACAUAUUCCAGAAGUAGGUUUUCCUGAUGUGCUAUGUAAUGGCUACAUAGCACAUAGAGAGCCUAUAUCAGCAAUUUCUUUUGAGUCCCAUUACAGUUGGUGUGAAGUCCCACCACCAUUUUUUCAACUUCAGACUUUGGUACAUGAUUAUCCCAUGAAAACCUAAAUCGUAGGUCUUUAACUUCAUGGUUUCAUGUUGGAGGAGUCAGAAUAUUUAUGCACACGUUAUGCUGUAAUUUCAUAUUUUUUUAAUGUUACAGUUUUGGUUUCUUUUUUUGUGAGACCUUCAUUUCAAACUUCUAUCUUACCAACUAAAUAUUCCUGUCGUCAGAGAAAAUAACCAAACACAAGGUAGAUAUUUCUGUCCUCACAUUUGACAAUCAUAGCUUGCCACAAGCAGAAGUGAUGUCACCAACUGCCCUACUGAAACUGCUGCUGAUUUACAAGUUGUUACAACACAUGGCGCUUAUGAUCACUCCCUGCCGACGAGGGUUCAUAUAUAUGUUCACACUGCUGCUAAUACAGCUGGCAAUAGCAGUUGUCACCACCAAAUUCUGGCAGUAUGCACAUUCUGUAGACAAACUUCCUGCACUUGUCAAGCCAGUUUAAAAUAUGUCAACAAGUCUUUGUGCCAAGAUUAACUGUAGAAUUGAAAAUAUUGUUUUUUAAUGCACCUGGCUUUUAAACAGACUGGAAUGGCAGUGAAUCUGCUCACGAUAUGAAGCCGAAGAAAUAACAUGAGGGUGCAGAAAUAUAUGGUUUACGAAGUUAAAAGAGGGGCUGUUGAGGGAGCUAUGCAUUGUCUGACAGAUGCAUUCAGAUGAAUGGUCAGAUUUUUCAUUAAAGGAAUUUGAUGCUACAAGCAUGGGAUUAUUUAUGGCAUGAAAAGCUUACAGCAUGAAAAUGUUUACAGUUGUGUUUGGACUAUGUCCACACUAAACCUGCUUUGGGAAAUUACAUGCUUGCAGCCCUCGCAAAGAUCUCCACACAAAUACACCUGAGGAAUAGGAAAAAGGCUGCAUUUCCUAUUCUUCGUCCAUGGUCAGCAAACAGAACUGCAUCCCAACCAACAUGUGCUGAUUACCCAUAGUGUGAGAUUUGUAACAUAAAUCCAGGUUAAUGACCACAGCUGUGGGUCCGGCUAUAUUGAUAUCCAAAAUGUGUUAAUGGUACAGUAGCAACAAACCUACGGACAAUUAUCACCUGAAUCUACAGAAAAACACCAGCUUAGUGCGGAUGGAGGGCCAAAACAAAGGAAUCUAGAUGCCGGUUUAGUGUGGAUGUACUCUCAGGCUCCCUUGGUGAUGCUGACUGUUAAUUCAUGUUCAAUAUUUUUUAGGUAGAAUUCCUUCUUCUACUUUUCCUUUAGUUGUUCUGUUGUUGUACUGCCAAUUACCUCCUUUUAUUACUUAUUUAGUAAUGUCAAACAAGAUCAGUAGUAUCGUAUACUCAACUAGAUCUGUUUCCUCUCAC